AUGGCUACGCCCGAUUUUUCGGCCAGCACUACCUCGCAAGGUGGCAGCACGUCGCCCGGACCGGAGACGCUGACGCCGUUGGAGCAGGAGGUUUUGGACGAGUACGCGAGGUUGGCGGGAAACCUGGGUGAUCUCGCAAACCUCCUUAACACCCUCUCGGCCACGCCCUCGGCCGAGAUACUCGACGCGCUGCGCAGCCUCGAGCGUAAGACGAGCUUGGUCUUCACGUUGCUUAAGGCUAGCGUGUACAGCAUCGUGCUGCAGCAGCAGAUCAUUGGAGAAGAAGGAGACGGGGCUGGCGAUGAUACGCGGGUCGGUGGAGUGGAGGGUAGGGGAGAGGAUGAAGAUGGCUUGUGA